CCUGAUCAUCCAGUCCCCCUUCCAAAAGAAAUCGCCCUCACCAUCCUGGUGAAUAAAGGUCCCAGCGUGCCAGAAAUCAUCAGGCUGCUGGACUGGCAGGACCACCCUGACCACUUCGUCAUGGUCCUCGAAUGUCCCUCUCCCUGUGAGAAUCUGAUAGAGAUCAUGAGGCGUUGCGGUGGAAGCCUUGAUGAAGAAACAGUGCGGCAAAUCAUGUGGCAGGCAGCUCACGCUGCAAACAUGUGCUGCCUCUGCCGAGUGCUCCACCGUGACGUCAAACUGGAGAACCUACUGAUAAACAGGGAGACAUCCGAAGUCAAGCUGAUUGACUUCGGAUGCGGGGACAUUCUGAGGAGGUCACCAUACAAGUCAUACCAUGGCACAGCAGUGUACUCCCCUCCAGAGUACCACAGCAGGGGGAAGUACUACAGCAGGCCGGCAACAGUCUGGUCACUAGGGGUUCUAAUGUUCACAAUGUUAUGUGGACGUUUCCCUAGUGACUAUGACCUGUUCCUGCUGCAUUACAAGCACUGGUCCGAACCCGGCCUGUCAAAAGAAUGCUGUCACCUCCUCAGGGCUCUCCUGCAUGAAAAGCCAAGCCGGCGACUUGGUCUGGGCCAAAUCAUGUCCCACAACUGGUUUAAGGUAGUGAACCUGAGACCAGCUAAAAAGAAUUAAUUUCUCAUGGGAAGGAACCAAAAAGUCAAACCUGUUGUUUUUUCUGUUUUGUCUCAGGUCGUCACAUAAGACCACUCCAGUUGGCGUCUCUCAUGCAGCUUUGCGUCUUGCGGGGCGACCAAGCCUUGUGUAGCGUCUUGCGUCUUGGCUUGAGGAAGCAGUAUUUGCAUCUGGCGGUACUGCUUCCGGAGGGAUGUGUACAUAUUGUAUAUAUGUACAUACUUCUUUUGGUUGCCCCUUUUGUUUUUCCCAUCAUGACCACUCCAUU